AGGGAAACGUGUAAGUUGUGAAAAAGACAACUUGUAGAGCUAUCGACUUUCGCAACAGAAAAUGGAAAACAAGGCUGCCUUCGAGAAUGCCGUGGAGCCCAAGCUCUUCGGAAAGUGGGAGUUCACCGACCUGAUGUGUACUGAAAUUUUGUUUAAAACGAUGUUUACAAUUCGUGAUGUUGUCUCGCAUGACAGACAGGUUUUCGUAUGCGCGACUCCGCAUGACAAAGACAUGACAAAAUUUUUUUCUAAAUUUCUCCUUCUAAAAAUCACUCCAGGCUCCGAGAUUUCCCUCGUGGAUUACAUCAAGACUUCUUCCGGCCGCUUCUCCAGCUCUUCCGGAAUCUACGUGCCGCACACGGCCGGUCGCUACCAGACCAAGCGGUUCCGCAAGGCUCUGUGCCCGAUCGUCGAGCGCAUGGCCUGCUCCCUGAUGAUGCACGGACGCAACAACGGAAAGAAGCUGAAGGCGGUCCGCAUCGUCAAGCAGGCUCUGGAGAUCAUCCACCUGUUGAACCCGGAAAUGAACCCGAUCCAGGUAUUUAUUAUGGGCGGAGUUUAGUGAUGAUUAGGUCUGGUGAAUAAACUUGGUGAAUUUCUGUCUCGCUACAGAGUGAUGAUUCUGUGUAGUUUUUCUUUGAAAAAAUUUGUAUCUCCACGUUUGAGUCGUGCCAUCUUUUGAGAGGUGUGCUGGCACGAAAUGAGAGUAUAGGAUUUAGGAGUUUGUGUUUUCCUUCAUCGCAUGCAUCUUCCGCAGGAGUUCCUGAGGAGAGCGUUUGCCAGACUGUAGGUCUGGUCCAUGAGAACUUCGCCUUUGAAUCAAUUUAAAGGCCACAUCCCCUUUUAAAAAUCCCAUCCAGGUCUUGAUCGAUGCCGUGAAGAACGGUGGUCCGCGUGAGGACUCCUGUAAGGUCGGUUCCUCUGGUACCGUCCGUCGCCAGGCCGUCGAUGUGUCCCCGAUCCGCCGUGUCAAUGAGGCCAUCCACCUGAUCACCACGGGAGCCCGCCUGUCCGCCUUCCGUAACAUCAAGUCGAUUGCCGAGUGCUUGGCGGACGAGUUGGUCAACUGCGCCAAGGAAUCCUCCAACAGCUACGCCAUCAAGAAGAAGGACGAGAUCGAACGUGUUGCCAAGGCCAACCGUUAAGAGGGGAGAAUCUGUGUGUGGUUUUUCGAAACACUUGGUCUUUUUUACACAACUACUACUUCCAUCUACAACGAACACACGUUGCUUGUCUAGUUUUAGGAACGAGGACAACCUUCUUCGUGAAAAUCUGGCAAGCGGGAACAAUGUAAUGAUGAUGGUGAGGAAGUGAACCUUGUUUGGUAGCUCUACAAGUCUGAUUCACUAUACGAACGAAGCGCGCUACUGGUUGUGCGCGAGACUGCGCUGUCGGCAGCUGUGCAGAUUGCGAAGCGACGGUACGUACAGG